AUGGUGCGACAUAGUUCCGAGGUCCCCAGUACCACUCCUGGGGGACAGACCACCCUGGGCUCCUUGUUCCAUCCACUGGAGUAUAUUUGGAAUUCCCUCUCUGAUACCGAACGCGAUUCAUUCAUGUCCACCGUGUCCGCUUCCCUUGUUGCAGGCGACGGGCAGCGCAAGCGCCCACGUAUAGACCUCACCACGGAGGAGGAUGUCGACGACGGCAGGGUCCCGUCGCUUGUUGUGCCAGUCCUCCCCUGCUUCCCCGGUCUCGACCGUGCUGCCAUUAUAGCCGUUUUCGAACACACCUUCCGCCCAAAGAAGGACCUCAUAAAACUUCGCAGCCCCGAGUUCAAGGCCACGGCACCGGAUGGCGAGUCCUUCGACUUAAAGUCCACAUCUCCUCCGCAAGGUAGUUUCAAUCAAGGAUUGGGUGGAAUGAUCCUUUUACACCGCCGCAUUUGUGACCUUGCCAGGGCAUAUAAGUGGCAGGAGUGUAUCCUGCAAAUGGCCUUAGACCACCACCAGAUGGUCGUCGAUAAAGGCGAUCUCACCGUUUCUCUUGGUGACUGGGGAAUUGGUAAAGCUCUCGAAAGCUCCUACCUACGUCCGGACAACGUACUCCCAGCAAAUACGGUUGCCAUGGCUGCCCGGGUCGCCUUCGCCGGGUUUCGUCGGGUCGGGGAAUUGACAGACUCAGCUGCUGAACAAAGGAAUACGCAAAUCUUCGUUGCUACUAAGUCAACCUGGGGAUAUCAGAUUCUCCCCUACCAUGGACCACAUCCUCCUCACUUUAACGAGAAGUAA